AUGAAAAGUGAGGCUGUGACACAUAAGGGGGAGAAGUACAGCAAAAGGCCAGUCAACUAUCGAGGUCGUCCCUAUACUACUGAGGAUGAAGCCUGGAAGUCAUUCCUUGAAAAUCCCCAAACAGCUGCCACUAAAGCAAUGAUGACCAUUACUGGUGAUGAGGACAGUGCUGCUGCCCUGGGACUGCUCUAUGACUAUUAUAAGGUUCCCAGAGAGAAGGGAAACAUUUUGUCAGGAAAAACAGACAGUACUGAGCAUCCAGAACACAGCAAAAGGAGCUGCAUGGCAAGUGUUGCAGAGCCAUCAAUUAUUUCUACUGUGGACAACAGAGUACAGGUUCUGAAAGGAGUACCUCUUAAUAUUGUUCUUCCCAGUAACCAUCAAAUGGGAACUGACAAACAGGGCCAAUUUACAGUACCAGACACUACAGUUACUUUGUCCAUAGCAACAGUACCGCCUCAUACCAUCAAGACUGAGAUAGAGCCUCACAGCUUUUCUGUCAGUGUAGCACUAUCUGUUUAUUGCCCUGAGACCACAGAGUGGAUUGUUGUGUUUGACAGAAAUCUCAGUACGGACCAGUUCAGUUCAAGUACACCUCACCAAAACUCUCAAAGACGCACACCAGAUUCCACCUUCAGUGAGUCUUUCAAAGAUGCAACACCAGAGGUAUUCUUUCCUGCUGAACUGAAUCUGCGGAUGUCCAGUAUACGUUCAGAAGACUAUGUUUUUGACAACAUUGCAGGGAACAAUUUUGAAUACACAUUGGAGGCAUCAAAAUCUCUCCGACAGAAACCUGGGGAUGGAACAAUGACAUACCUGAACAAAGGUCAGUUUUACCCAAUCACAUUGAAGGAAAUCAGCAACAAUAAGGGAAUCCACCAGCCCAUCAGUAAAGUCAGAAGUGUUGUUAUGGUGGUGUUUGGGGAAGAUAAAACUCGUGAUGACCAGCUCAGGCACUGGAAGUACUGGCAUUCAAGGCAGCAUACAGCCAAGCAGAGGUGCAUUGAUAUAGCUGAUUACAAGGAGAGCUUUAAUACGAUAAGCAAUAUUGAAGAGAUUGCAUACAACGCCAUUUCCUUUACAUGGGACAUCAGUGAUGAAGCAAAGGUUAUGUGUGGUUAA